AAAGCCUUUUUUUUUUCUUCAUUGACGUCAAGAUCUUAAACAUGAUUAGUGCUUGCUUCCUCGUUGCUGCAACUCUACAUAGGUAUAUAUAUAUUAGGGGUGCAAGACAGGCAAAGGCAUUAUUACUCGGGCAAGAGGGAGCGAGAGGGGGCGUUUUCCAACCUGUUAUAAUUUUACCAGAAAACACUGUGGCCACAAAUGUAGGGAGACAUGUUCCCCUAAAUUGUAGAGAUUAAACUACUAAAAAAAGGAAGCAGAAGAAACAAAUGCUUUUCUUUAGUUACAAUAACAUGAAUGAAGGUAACGCAGGUAUUAAAUACUUUUCAUACAUACCUAUUUAAAUUAUGUGGAGGCAAUCAUUAAGAAAAGUAAACAUAAAAAUUAUCAUUUAGUGUAAAGUCACACUGCCUUCUCAUUUAGCAUGAUCCCUCAAGCUUUCUCACUUCUAAGGCUAUGGUUUUAUUUUACAGUUCCCAAGGUGGCACAAGGGAUGGCGAGCUGAAAGUUAAGGAGCUAGGCGGUGCGUUUUAAAUAAACAGCCAUGGGGUUAUUAAGUGUGGACUUGCUUAUCACUUUACAAAUCUUGCCUUGGUUUUUCUCCAGCUGUCUUUUCCUGGUCUUGUAUGACUCCGUGGUCCUCUUCAAACACAUAAUCAUGCUCCUAAGCUGCUCCAAAGGCUCCCGUGGCCAGUGGCGACGUAUGGUUACCUCGGAGGGGCUGCGCACUGUCUGGAGAAGUUUCCUUUUGGACGCCUACAAACAGGUGAAACUGGGUGGAGAUGCUCCGAACUCUAAGGUUGUCCAUGUAACUCAUGGGCAUUGUCGAAGACAGAGCUUUAGUGAAAAGGGGGAAAGUGAAUGUCACCUACUAGACUUUGCCACAUCGAAUCGCCCCCUGGUGGUAAAUUUUGGUUCAGCAACCUGACCUCCGUUCAUUAACCAGCUUCCAAAUUUCGGGAAGCUGGUGGAGGAGUUUGCCGAUGUUGCAGACUUCUUACUGGUCUACAUUGAUGAAGCCCAUCCAUCUGAUGGUUGGGCAGUAUCAGUAGUGGAAACAAAAUCAUAUGAAGUAAAGAAACACAGGAGUCAAGAAGAACGCUGUAGAGCAGCACAUGCAUUGCUUGAACACAUUUCUCUGCCUCCACAGUGCCAUGUGGUGGCAGACUGCAUGGAUAACAACACAAACGUGGCAUAUGGGGUUUCUUUUGAAAGAGUGUGCAUUGUGCAAAGACAAAAGAUUGCUUACUUGGGUGGGAAAGGACCUUUCUUCUAUAAUCUUAAAGAAGUGCGGCAGUGGUUAGAACAGACAUACAGAAAACAAGUCUCAGCAAGUGAAACAAGCAGGUGAGCAUUUCAUCAAGGAAAUGCAUUGAAGGCAAAAAUGAACAGGCUCAUCAUAAACUGAGCUUAGAGAUCCUACAUGACAAAUCUGAUAAAAAACAAAAACAAAACCUAAAGGGAGAGCAGGGUGACAUGUAGGUCUUGGAGACUGAAAUCAAAGUAGUUAGGGUUUCAGUACUCAACCUCCCAUCCUGAGAAGUGCUGACACAUAAAGUGGACCCUCUACUUUAGGGAUACUAGAAAGUGAACUUACUGGAAUAUGGAACUAUGAAAUUAAUUCACAAUGAAGUGUGGCAUUUCUCCCGAAAAGAAAGCAUCUAUUACUGAAGGGUCCUUUCUCAGAAACACUGAGAAGCAAUUGUUUACAUGAUGAGUGUUUCUUGCAUGAAUAACAGUCUGUUAGCUAAAAUGUGCCAUGUCAGAAGGAAAAGUCUUGCAUAAUAUUUUAGGCAUUGAACAGCAAAUGCCAAGGAGUAGCAGAAUUACCAGUUGUUGCAACGUUUCCACAUUGCAGACAUAAAUAAUGAUAUAAGAAACAUUUAUUUAUCGCCCGAAAACUUUUAUAAAAAAAUAAAAAAGUAAAGAACAGAAAAAUAUGAAAUAAAGCUGAAGAUUUUAUCAUUAGUUUUAUAAACUAAUUUAUUUCUUUAAAAGAAAUUAUAUUCUGUGUAACUGUUUUCAGUGUUCACCAUUUUACCUCAUUGGAAGUCUGUGCUGGUGUGGAUGUUUCUCUUUAUCUCAAUUUGUUGUGCAGACUCUAUGCUUUAUCUUUAUACUGGAAAGUCAUCUGAAAAGUUCGAAAUUGAUAUUGAGUACAAUUAGUUUUUAUAGGAAAUGUACAAGAACUGUUCUCAGGCAUCUAGUGCUAGAUUUCUACAGCAUUUAUAGUUGUAAAAGUUAAGAACAUUAGGCAAAGGAUGUGACUGCAUUCAAUGACGUUUUCUGUGAAAUUCUUGUUAGCCUGUUUGUGCAAAUGUUGCACUGGCCCAUGACACCUUGCAGGUGUGUGUGUGUGUGUGUGUGUGUGUGUGUGUGUGUGUGUGUGUGUGUGUGUGUGUGUGUGUGUAUCUGUCUUUAAUAUUGCACAUGUCUUGUGCCCCAUGGGUACAAAUUCCUUUGUAAUGUGUAACUGCCCAGGUGAGUGCCUCCGUCAUGUUCAGCUACAUGGUGUAAAAUCAUAGCAUAUGCAAUCUCUGUGAUCUACUGAUCUACUGAUAAUGUCAAGCCUUAUAGAAAGUAGAAAUCAUUACAUAUUUCUCUGAAACAUUACUUUGUUUCCCUUAUCCUUUUUGUGCAACCUUUGCAUUGAUGCUUUCACAUUAUUCUAUUAUUACAGCUGUGUUACACUCCAGGAAAAAAAGCAAACUGGCAUCAUUUUUUUGUGAGAACAUAAACUGUUAAAAGUAGAGAAGCAUUACUUGAAGUAAGUGCAGCAAUUUUCUUUUCCUUCGCCAAACAGCAGAUGUCUUUUGUGAUGUGUUACAUUAUGUCCAUAGGCUUAUGUUGCAUGUACUUAUCUUUGUUAUAAAUAACAUCCCCAUACCUCAGUGACUGCAGUAUUACCAAUACUCAGGUGGAGCCAGUCACCUUCUGCCAUGCCUUUCACUCCUCCCCAACCUACACAUGAUACCAAAAUCUUGAUGUAAUAUAAUGAGGAGUCAAUGCAGAUGCGUCACUUUCCUAGCAAUUUACUAUUUUGCAGCACACUUAAUGCUGUCCUAAGGAAAUAGCUGUUUUAAUAAAAUGGAAAUAGUAUUCAAAAAUAGUAAUUACUUUAGACAUCUGAUUUUUCUGACUGCUUUUCCAUGCAUGUUUCAGUGACAUUAACUUCUAGGAAGUUAUUUUUUUUUUAAUUCUUGUAGUUUUCCAAUGAAUCACCAACUUCAACAAAGCCACCAAUCAAAUAUAUACUGAAAAAUAAUUCCUAAAGCAUGAAACUGUGAAAAAAGUAACUUUAAACAUUUUUUGUAAGGGGGCAAGCCCCUCUGCCCAUCAGAUGCGGGGGGAGGCUUGUCUUUCAACAUCCCCAAACUUAUGUGUACAAUCUCCAAAGUUACACCAAAGAAGGGAGAACUCUCCCAAAAGAAGUGAAUCACACUUAGAAAUCACACUGGCAAUGAUUUCCUGUGGAAAACAGUGAUCCACUUUCUGUCACUCACUGUUUUUUUUUCUGCAGACAAAUGGAACGAGGUUGAGGAAUUUCACCUCAAUUGACUACAGAGGCACCAUAUGGUUUCACUUCUGCUGUAUGUAAUAAAACAUGAGCAAAUGGUUGCAAAAUUGAGUAUUCCUAAAAAAAGUCAUAUUCCUUGGCUUUUUUCCUAUACUUUCAGGAAAUAUUUAGUCUGCAUGGGGAUGAUGAUUUCGAUAAUAUGUUUAAUUUCCUUUUCAUGACAGGAAUAGUCUUAGCAAUUAACCUGUUUCAAUUUUAUAGACAUAUUUUUCCCAUACAUUUUAUAACUUAGUGAUAUUUUUAAAAUUUGUGUAAAGUGUUAUGAGAAUUUUUUUUGUGUGUGCUAGCCAGAUUUUUCUGUUUUUGCAUAUUGAAGCCAAAUGCUGUGAUUAUGUUUACAUCACAUUGAAGGUGGGGAGCAGUAAAAGUAACUUAUAAAGUUCAAGGUGUGGUGUAUCAUAGUUAACGUCAGAAAACUAGUGGAGCUUUUAUGAAAAUUAUUUAUUUUUGUUAACAGAGUAAUUGAACUGGUCCUACAUUGGCCCUUUAAACAACUCUGUAAAUCUUACCACUUAGCUAAGGACUGAAGACUUGAGCCUUAGUAUUCAAAUGGGCCUCCUUAAAAGCCCUGAUAAGGUACUUAUUAGAUUUUGUUAAUUUUUCUCUGCCUUUUGUUAGACCACCAGGCUUCUGUAAUACCCUGAUGUGUCCAGUCUAGAAUCAACAAUCCCAGAUAUUCUAUGCAUAGCUGAUGCCUACUGGCUCAUAGUCAUGCUGUCUGCUAAAGGUAGUUUAAUGAGAGAUGCUUUUUUGUCUAGCUUUUAAAAGGUAGUUAUCCUAAAAUCAUUUCCUGACAAUAUGUACUUUGUGUCAGUUAUUUAUGAAGUUGCCUUAUUUGUGCUGGGUUGACUCUAAACCAUAAAACAACACUGAUAGCUUCAGGGCCUAUUCUAACCUUUUUCCAUACACCAUUAAAUGAAUGAUAUUCCAGACUUAAAAAAUGAGCUUUUCAUGGAAUCAGGGUCUGCAGGGAGUUAAACUGUAGAACUGGGUUAUAUGGGACAUAUUUUUUUCUGAAUUGGAGAGAUGGACCUGGGAUUUAUGAGCUCUGGUUUCUUCUUUUUUUUUCUUAUAAGACCAAAUCUUACAGAAAAGAAUGCUGUCUGUGUAUUCCCACACUAGUUUUAUUACAACAAACCUUUCUUUGUGCAUCUAAAGUUUAAAAAGGGUACCUUAAUUCUUAUGAUUAAUUAUGAACUGUUUUUAAUGUAUAAAUUCCGUUGAAUACCCUUUCCUCCUUGGUGCAUUUUCUUUAGCUACUGUCACUUUUUGUUGUGGUCAGCUCCCGUAUUUAAUUACACUUAUGGGACUCUGAUUUCAAUUGAGUAGAAACCUACAGGCAAUGUCUUUCUCUUUUUCAUUUUGCUGUUCUACUGCACAUAGUUUGCUGACCUCAUGAAUAAGUAAAACAGUGCAGAUGUGUGGAAAAACAUUCAAGUUCAAAUUGCCCAUAUUUAUAAAUGACUCCAGACAGUAAAAAUGCAAUAAUCAGAUAUGAAUGCUCUAGGCUAUCAAGCACGGGACAUAAAGUAAUAUAGUUUGUCUUAAACAGUAACAUCUAAUGUUAUAUUUUUACAACAGUGGUAACAGGAGUUAGCAGAUGAUCAGGCAGAUGAACUGUUAAGAAAUAUUGGAGUUAAUUCUAAACAAAUUCAUUUAAUGGCAUGAAUACUAUCCAACAAGAAAUAGCUCUAACAAAGAUAAACAGUAAGCUAGUUAGUCAUUGGUAUUAUAUCCCUGUGUGGUUUCAAUAAAAUAACUGGACGUAAUUGAAGCGCUUAAUAUCUUUAUGAUGAUAUGACAUUUUAAUUUGUGCUAUU